UGUUUCGUUUCAUGCGAUUCACACUCUCAUCUGAACUUUGGCUGUGUGUGGUCGAUCUCGUCUAUAGUGUUCAUCAAAAUCCAAAAGUUUUCCACCCGAAAAGUGUUCAAAAAUGAGUAUUCUUCUAAAUUCAUCAGUCGGUUCGCUGAGUCCGGCUUGUUUGAAGCGAAAAGGCUCUGACGAUGAAGAUGAGCAACAUGGACAAUCCAAAAGAACAAAGUUCAAUUAUUACGUGACGCUGGAACCCGAGUCGCCUGUACCAUCAAGUGAAGAUGACGAGUCAAUUUAUACGGUACAGGGAAAUGAGACUGAAUUUGUGCAGGACACAUCGGAUACGUCCACUCAUUCGUGGAAUACUGAUAGUAGUGAUGAUGAUAUUUCUGUAAGACUGGAGUUUGAGGUCGCAUCUCAUUCUGAAGAAGAUAAUCCAAUGCUCAAUGCAACUUCAUCGUCCGAUCCGGAGGAUAUUGUAACGAUGGGAGUAUUGGCUGCACUCUACAACGAAACGGACAUGGGUUUAGCAGACGAUAGCGACGAUUCGCGAAGUACAGUCGAUAGUGAAAUAGGAAAGGCAGACUAUUGGACUUGUGUUCAGUGCAACAACAAAAAUAACAAUCCCUUAUUUCGGUACUGCGAGAAGUGUUACCAGAUUCGUAAAAACUUUUUCCCACCUCGACCAAAAUGGAAAAGACGUCGACCGAAAAGAGAGAUCGGAGGAGGAGUAGGAGUAGGAGCAGUUCCAAAAUUACCAAAUUCCCAAGAUGAAUUCACUAGUACGGACUCGGGCCUUGGAAGUCAGGAAAGCAAAUUGAGUCAAGAAACUGAAGAAAUUGCGAGACUCGUCGUGCCGUCGAAAGCGACAGAAGGUAUGGACACUGUAGACUAUUUUGCGGGAGACAAUUUAAAAAAUGAAAUAAAAAUCGAAUCCAUCGAGAGGAUAGGAAAUGGAAAUAGUGAGGGAAGAACAGCCAGUGUUGGCUGCAACACGGACAACCAAUUGAAAGCUGAUUUGGUGAAAAAGGAGGAGAAAGACAGGAUUUCGGACUCUGAUAAUAAAAUGUGCCUCACCUGCACAGUUAAUCCGAAGGACGGGGCAUUUUCACAUGGAAAAAUAAUUCAUGUUUGCUGUUGCUAUCAGUGUGCGACGAGGAUUUGGAGGGAGAAAAAAAUUUGCCCGAUCUGCAACCGAAAAAUUACAAAUGUGCAGAAAGUUUUCUACAAUUAAAAAAAAAAAAAAAUGUAGAAGCUGUGUGGGGGGCAAAAAAAAAAUACAGUCGAGGUAUUUUGCCACUUGAAGGAAUCAAAAGUUGACUGCUUUGUAAAUUUGAAAUUUUUUUCAAACCUGACUUGAAUUAUUAUGAGCGAAUUAAAAAAAAAAAAAGAAGAAGAAAUAACUGUUAUUAAUGUUGUUAUUGAUUGUAAACAAGUGAGAAAUAUUUAUUUUAAAAAAUAGAAUUUAAUAAGUUCAUAAUAAAAUCUAAAAAAAUGUGUUACAGAA